AUGAUUCAGAUCCGACAGUCUCUGUACGAGCAGGUAAUUCGCUUCUCUGCUGCGUGGAUUUUUUGUAGGUGGAGGAACAGCUGAAAAGAUUGCCUGCGGAGCUGCAGAGACUGAGAGAGGAACUCGAUGUCAAGGAGCAGGAGAUUGAGAACUACAAACAAUUGCUGGCGACGCUGCAGAGGGAAAACCUGAUGUUGAAGAAGAGACUGGCAGGGUAAUCUUUUCAAUGGGCAUU